GAGGUAUAUAUUGGAUAUAGCAUUCCGUUUGAUCGCUGCGAAGAUUCUGAUCAUCAGUUCCUUCAAAAUUCGAUACCAUAUACAACCUGCAUACUGGUACACACACUCGGUUGCGAGUACUCUCAUUCUUUCUUUACUAUCUCAAAAUCAUCGGUGGAUGGAUAUCAAAUAUGAUUAUAUUUCGCAGAGUAGGAUCCGGGAUAUGAUAUAGGCGUGCGAUACAGAAGAGGUUAUGCAGAUUCAUUGACAAUUGUGAUCCUUCCUAUGCCAUUAUUAAUUUCGUAAAUGGUCGAGAUGGAUGCGUCGACAGCGCCAAAUAUAUUCUUCGUCUACUAUCCAUUGACUUUAUUACAUGAAAGGAUCUACCAUCCAAUGUAUAUGCAUGUAUCAUGGGUUCGUGUUUCACGUAGUAAUGGAUAAUUUUAUUUGACAUGCAUGUUUGACUUGGGAGGUACUAAUCUUAUGAGCAGUUCAUCUUCAUCACCCUAAUUGAUCUUCAUCAUUGUAACCCCAACUUGAGCAUUACUACAUUGAUUGUUAUGCAAGUAUAGUGCCAAAACAUUAUAGUCUUGAUUGAUAUAUAUCCAAUUGGACAAAAUGAAUGAAGAGGAAGCAUCAAGAAAAUGGUACUCAGUCCGGAAGGAUGACUUCAAGUUAACAUGUGAUUGCAUUGAUGAGGUUUUGAAACAACAUGGUCGUAUUCCUUUCAUCAUCUACGCUAUCUACCGUUUGGUUUUGGCUCUCUACUUCUUCACAUUCCUUAUCUUCUUUGGUGUAAGCAGUGCCGAAUUUCUUGGAGUCAAAUUCCUCAUCUACCUGACAGAUUGGACGUACAUAUUAGCCACUCUUUAUCUCAUUGUAGCUUGUUUCAACGCCAUCGCGACCACGAGCUGUUACUGCAUUGGUCGCUGCAUAGGAAAAGGUGUUGCACGGAAUCAGUUUCAAUGGCUCCUGCUAAACAUAUCCGCGACGGUAUCCCUGAUCGUCACCGUCGUCUACUGGACAGCACUCCGCCCCUUCAUGAACGAAAAACUCCCAAUCUAUCUCGACAUCACAAUCCAUCUCUUACCCGCCAUCAUUUGUCUCGUCGACAUCCUCCUCACCACUGUCAUCGUCCGCUUCGUACAUGUCGUAUACCCGUUCGUCUACCUCUUUAUCUACCUCCUCUUUGCCGUGAUUUACUGGGCGGCUGGUGGAACAGAUCCCGCUGGAAAUCCCUUUAUAUACCCUAUCAUUGACUUUGGAAAUUAUCCUGGGAUCGCCGUAGCGUCAGUAUUCGGGGUUUGUUUGGCAACGUUACUGGCACAGGCGGCGUUGAAGGGUUUAUACGCGUUGCGCCAUCGUUAUAUUGACAAACUUAGACUAACUGGAACAAUAUCUCAUAACAGUCAUGAAGUGUUAGAAGUUCAGCUUGAAGACCAAAGCUGAAACAAACAAAUCCAUAAACCCUAACUGAUAUCAAACAGUAAUUAAUCUUCAAGAAUGCAAGUCAUCUUACAGAUAUUUUUAAUGAAUUUACAUAAUAUUUGAGAACCUUGCAUUCUGCAAGUUUUACAUGAUUGUAGUACAUGUAUGUGAUUCGCAAGUCUGAUAAGCACGAGCUGUUUUUCAUAAAUAAAAAUACAGAGUUUCAAACAGAAAUAAUGAAAUAACGAAUAUUAUUAAGUCUGUGUACAAACAAAUUAAUUAUCCCCAGAACUCAUUGUGAAGUUAAAUUGACAACGCUUCUUUAGAAUGAGACGGGAUGAAAGGGUUAUUGACUCUUAUUCCUGAUGUUGCUGUUGCUGCUGCUGAUGAUAAUAAUGAUGAUUUUGGAGAUAAUGAUGAUAUGGAUAAUGGCGUCGAUGAUG